UUCUGCAUUGUAUUGUGUCGCUGUGUGAACGGCCAGAGCGAAGAUCUCAUCUUGUGUGCGCGCCACGCAUAAUAUUAAUAACAUCGCCUCCCAGAGCCGGCACACCUGGAGAAGUGAUACGACUCGCCGUCCCUUUUUGGUCUUCCCGGAGGAGAAACCGAAUCGGAGGCGGGUGAAGAGGAGAGGAGAGGAGAGGAGAGGAGAACACGCUCCUGCACGCAACACGAUUUGAGCUGCACAUAGAGAAACGAGAGCACCACGGAUUGCAAUGUUCGUGCUGAGCAGAAUGCAAAUGUAACCCUGUUGUUUUUUUUUUCUCUCUCUCCUCCUUACAAAAUGAGACCAGUUUUUCAGGACUGCAGGAGGGAAGGGGCAUGCUCUUGUGAAUUGUGAAAUGCGCGACGGGUAACCCGAGACGUCGAGGGCGUUUUGGGUUCCAUUGUGUUUGGUCUCUCGACGCGGAAUUGUAUUGCAAAGCAAAGCGAACGGAGUCUGGAUUGGAGACGGCAAACGCUGCGGUGGCCCGCUUUGAAGAGACGGGGUGCCCAGAUUUCUUCUCCGUCGUUAUUUCUAACACCGGUGUUGACAUCGAAACACCUGUAAAUGAACCGUGUUAGCAGAAAACCGUGCGAAAUGUUAAUACUGUUCUGAGGUCAUCUCGCUAAUGUGAGACAAGCGAGCGCGGACUGUUCAGGAUAUAUUGUGUUCAAAUGAACCUUUAACGACAAAAAUAUAUAUAUAUAUUUUUUUUUUUCUUUUUUUUAAUAUUUGCAUUUCGAAAAAUGCUCAUGGCAUCGGCCGUUGUGGUUUGGGAAUGGCUGAACGAGCACGGCCGCUGGCGACCCUACAGCCCGGCCGUGUCGCACCACAUCGAAGCGGUGAUCCGAGCCAACCCCCGGGGAGGGAGCGUGGUCCUCGGGCAGGCGGACGGGAAGCUCGCCCCUUACCUCAUCGACCUGCAGUCCAUGCAACAGUUCAGACAAGACACGGGCACGUUACGUCCUGUCCGGCGUAGUUUUUACGACCCCACGUCGGCCCCGGGGCAGGGCGUGGUCUGGGAGUGGGAGAACGAUUCGGGCUCGUGGACGCCCUACGACAUGGAGAUCGGGAUCCCCAUCCAGGCGGCCCGGGACAGGCAGCAGCCCUGGCUGGACCUGACCCCCAUCGGCUUCUGCUACAUCAUCGACUUCACCUCCAUGAGCCAGGUGAACCGACAGACUCAGCGGCGGCGUCGCAUUCAACGCAGGCUGGACCGGACUUAUCCCUUCGUGAGCGGGACCCUGCCCAAAUCCCAGUCCUGGCCCUCCGCCGGGACCGGCCCAGCGGGAGGAGCGAGCGGCAGCGCCCCGCAGCCUCCCUGCAGCUGCCAGCAGUGCCUCCUGGUAAUGAGCGUGAAGGCAGCGGCCGCCACUACUCUCAGCCCGCAGGGUCGCAAGAGCAAAGGGAGCCCCGGUCUGGGAGGCAGGAACAGGAGUCCGAGGUCCACCUCGCUCCCCGCCACUGUGGGAGGGGCUAGCGGCUCUGCCAGCGCCCCGGUCCUGUCUUCCGCCGGUCCGCUCAGCCCCAGGGCGGUGAAGGUUCCCGUGGGCUCAGCCAGCACCGGCACCCUGUCCCGUGCCGGGCUCGCCACGUUGACCCGCCCGGCGCUCCAGAGGAUCGCGAUGGCGCAGUCCCGCGCCCUCAUCGCUUCAGGGGUGCCCACAGUGCCAGUGAAGAACUUAAAUGGGUCCAGUCCGGUUCACCCAGCGCUGGCAGGUAUCACAGGGAUUCUGAUGAGCGCGGCCGGCCUGCCCGUGUGUCUGACUCGCCCCCCCAAACUGGUCCUGCACCCCCCGCCUGUGGGCAAGAGCGAUAUGAAACCCGUCCCGGGCAUAGGCACCUCCUGCCGCAAGACCACCAAGAAACAGGCGCGCCAGGGUAAAACUCCAGAGGAGGUGGUUAAAAAAUAUCUUCAGAAAGUGAGGAAUCCCCCGGAAGAGGACUGCACGAUCUGCAUGGAGAAGCUAGCCUCUCCGUCUGGCUACAAGAAUGCUCCCGGUCAGCCGCUGGUCAAGCCCGACCUGGUGGGCAAGCUGACCAAAUGUGGCCACGUCUACCACCUGCACUGCUUGGUGGCCAUGUACAACAAUGGCAACAAGGACGGCAGUCUGCAGUGUCCAACCUGUAAGACUAUCUACGGGGUGAAGACUGGCACCCAGCCCCCUGGCAAAAUGGAAUACCACGUCAUCCCCCAUUCUCUCCCGGGACAUCCUGACUGUAGAACCAUCAGAGUCAUUUACAACAUUCCUCCAGGCAUACAGGGAACCGAACACGCAAACCCAGGGAAGCCCUUUACCGCACGGGGAUUUCCUCGACACUGCUACCUCCCUGACAACGAGAAGGGGCGCAAGGUGUUGAAGAUGCUUCUGGUUGCCUGGGAUCGGCGGCUGAUCUUCACCGUGGGGGUUUCCAGCACCACGGGUGAGUCCGACACAGUCAUCUGGAACGAAGUCCACCACAAGACGGAAUUUGGCUCUAACCUCACUGGCCACGGCUUCCCGGACCCCAACUACCUGAACAAUGUGCUGGCAGAGCUGAGCGCCCAGGGCAUCACAGAGGAGAGCAUCCAGGAAUGAGGGAGGGGGAGCUGGGCUGGGAGAGGCGGGAUGGGAAUGAGACUCCCGCUGCGUAGCGGUUUGAUCCGUUCCUGAUUUUACUAAGUUUUCCACACACCUGAGCUUGUUACCUAGACACAUUGGGGCUGAUCAAGCUGGUAAUAAAACCUGGACUGGGUGACACUGC